AUGCCUUCAGAAGGAGAAUCGUCAUCUAAGGCUGCUGAGAUCAAACCCUCAGAGACAACAGCCACCAGUAACAUUCGUCUCAAGUUUGAUAGACUCCCUAAACUACAAGGGCAAUCCAACUACCAAACUUGGGCGAGUGCCUGGAGGAUAACGUUCGACGCUGUAGACUGGUGGGAAGCGUUGAGCAUCGAGAACCCUGACGAGAAUGACACCGAACUCAGCAAAACCGAGAUAAAGAAGGCUCGUAAACAAAUGCACAGCCUUCUCAUCUCUGCUGUAUGCGAAGAAAUACAACCAACAGUCGUCUCCGCCGAAAAUGCAUUCUACGCAUGGAAGGCGCUCAAAGACCUCUACGAUCGUGUCUCACCCAACACUACGAUCACCCUCCUCAGCCGCGUCCUAGACACGAAGAUGCAAGAAGGCGGAUCACUGACCGAGCAUCUCGCAACUUUCGAUGCGAACUGGAAUACUCUCAAGUCCAGAUGCUAA